AUGGCUUAUUUUUCCAAAACUCUAACAAGUAGUUUCCGUAACUCUCUUCAACUUAGAAGUGGAUUCCUCUCUUCCCUUCCAAAACAUUGGGUACCAUCUUCCUUUUCAUCUUCUUCACCAUUAUCUCCCUUUUGUAGCUCUGCUGCUGCUGCCACCAUCUCUGAACAAGCUCCUCCAGCGAAAGAGAAAGAGAGUGGUUCAAGAUUGUCCAAAUGGUUACUUUUUAUACCUGGAGCUAUCAGUUUUGGCCUUGGAACUUGGCAGAUUUUUAGAAGGCAGGACAAGAUCAAAACGCUGGAAUAUAGACAGAGGAGAUUGGCAAUGGAACCUAUGAAGUUCAACAAUAUAUCUCCAUCCAGUGAACAAUUAGAUGCUUUAGAGUUCAGGAGAGUGGCAAGCAAAGGAGUUUUUGAUGAUAAAAGGUCAAUCUAUGUGGGACCACGUUCUAGAAGUAUUUCUGGAAUCACUGAAAAUGGCUACUAUGUCAUUACGCCUCUUAUGCCAAUCCCCCAAAACCCUGAGAGUGCCAAGGCUACCUUGAAGUUAUGUUGGGUUAUACUGUACACCAUUUCUGUGGUCAUUCUGCAUCGAGCAUUCAUUGAAACCAUGGAUAUCGUGCAGUCACCAAUUCUGGUCAAUAGAGGAUGGGUCCCCCGUAGUUGGAAAGACGAAUCUUUGGAAGUUUCACAAGAUGAUGAAGAGCAGUCAGAUAUAGCAGUGGCAUCUGCCCAAGGGAGUGAGAAAAGCUCUUGGUGGAGGUUUUGGUCCAAAAAGCCAAAAACCAUUGAGGAACGAACCCCUUCCAUCACUCCUGUAGAAGUUAUUGGAGUUGUUCGUGGGAGUGAAAAUCCCAGCAUUUUUGUUCCUGAAAAUGAUCCAAGCUCCUUCCAGUGGUUCUAUGUUGAUGUUCACGCAAUAGCCCGUGCUUGUGGGCUUCCUGAGAAUACCAUCUAUGUGGAAGACAUUAAUAAAAAUUUUAAUUCAGGCUGCCCUUACCCUGUACCAAAAGAUGUCAAUGACUUGAUUCGCAGUUCCGUCAUGCCACAGGACCAUCUCAAUUAUACACUGACUUGGCCUCAAGAUUUAGAAGGGACAGCCGAUGAGGCAUUGCCCUAUGGUCAAGAGAGGAUUAAAACAGAGAAAUUUCUAACUCGUGAAGAGACUAUGAGAGAAGAGAUUUUCAGUGACCAUGCCUAUUCGUGUAGCAUGAACUUUUUGAUCUCUCAAGGAGCAAUUUUCAGUGUAUCAAUAUCAUAG